GAUUCCUCUUCCCCGAGGAAGGAAGCGGAGGAGAAGGCAGCUCGCUGUCCGGUUUUGUUGGUAUUCAUCUUCAUGAAGGAAAGAAACACAUGAGAAGAUCCGAUUUAGAACUGUAGUGUUCACUUCAAGAUGCCCCAAAAGGAAAAUACUCAUCUGCAAGUCUCAUCUUUCAAAACUGUCUGCAUUCUUUCAAUCAAAGAAAAACGCUUUUUGAGAAAGAUGACUUGUGAAAUCUGUGAACAAAGCUGAAUGAAAGGAUACUGAAUGAAAGACAACAUGCUUUACAAUGGAUACUUAUCUUGAAGGGGUGACACCGUGCUCUUAAACUAUAACACAGGCACUGUAAAAACACUGGUCCUGAACAAGAAUAAGGAUUAUAGAAACUGCAUCAGAAUGUUUGUUAGUCCCAGAAGAGUCAGAAAAUGCCAUUUUUUGCAGAUAUUUGCCACUUGCUUCAUACUGUGUCUCAUGAUUUUUUGGGGACCAUUUGAUAAUCACAUUGUGAGCCAUAUGAAGUCCUAUUCAUACAGAUACCUCAUAAAUAGCUACCAUUUUGUGAAUGACAGCCUGUCUAUCAACAGGGAUAACUUGGACAGAGUAUCAAGCUACCAGUACUUGAUCAACCACAGAGAGAAGUGUCAGCAGCAGGAUGUCCUUCUCCUGUUGUUUGUGAAGACUUCCCCUGAAAACCGUCAUCGGAGGGAUGCAAUUAGACAAACUUGGGGUAAUGAGAAGUAUGUUCGUUCUCAACUUAAUGCCAACAUUAAAACUCUUUUUGCUUUAGGACGACCAACAGAUCAUCUGCGGCAUACACAGCUGCAAAGAGAACUUCAGCUGGAAGACCAGAAAUACAAUGAUUUGAUUCAGCAAGACUUCUUGGAUACUUUUCACAAUCUUACUCUUAAAUUGCUUUUGCAGUUUAGCUGGGUGAAUGCCUACUGUCCUCAUGCCAGGUUCAUUAUGUCUGCAGAUGAUGAUAUAUUUAUCCAUAUGCCAAAUCUUGUUGCUUAUCUCCAAAGUCUAGCACAAAUGGGUGUUCAAGAUCUCUGGAUUGGUCGUGUCCAUCGUGGAUCCCCUCCCGUAAGAGACAAGAGUAGCAAGUACUAUGUUCCAUAUGAAAUGUACCAGUGGCCGUCUUAUCCUGACUACACAGCAGGAGCUGCAUAUGUAAUAUCGAAUGAUGUAGCAGCUAAAGUAUAUGAGGCUUCAUUGACUCUCAAUACAAGUCUUUAUAUAGAUGAUGUUUUCAUGGGUCUCUGUGCCAAUAAAAUGGGAAUUGUACCACAAUAUCAUGUAUUUUUUUCUGGGGAAGGAAAGGCUCCAUAUCAUCCCUGCAUUUAUAACAAAAUGAUGACAUCUCAUGGACAUGUAGAUGAUCUUCACCAGCUCUGGAAGCAGGCUACAGAUCCCAAAGUUAAAAAGUUUUCUUCAGGGAUUUGGGGUAGAAUAUACUGCAAACUAGUCAAUAUUGUGCUUCUCUGUAAACUAUACUAUGAGGACACAUAUCCUUGUUCAGCUGCAUUUUCUUAAUACUUGAAUAUCUGCGUUGAAGAUCCACUGAGCCAAAACAGAGCAAGAACUUUUUAGCUGUUUAUUCAAAAUAUAUUUAAACAUGGAAAGAGGUAAAACUUAAAUGUGAAUAGUUGGGGGGAGGGAAGGGAAGAUGGUCCCAAAUUCUAUUCAGAAACUCUUACUGGAAUAGCUCUCCUAUUGUACUGCAACUUUUUACAUUGUAGCCUGUUUUUUACACUCUUCAAGGGAUGCAAGUCUGGAUUAAAUGAACUAUAAUGGACUUGACUUCUAGACUUUGAAAUGCUUGCUGAAAACAUCUGUUACUUUGAACUUGUCAGUAAGUCUUAAGUUUUUUUAAAAAAGCUAUGUGAACUAAGGCACAUGAUUAAAAAAGAAAACCUGCUAUAUCAAAAUGGAGUAGACCUUUCAAAACACGAGGAAAAUAGAACUUCUGACCUCAUGAAUGAGACUACUGCAGUAGUUUAAGGCAAUGUAAAUUGGUUACAAAUAUUCACCGAUUCUCAAUGCUUCAUAGAAAGUAAGUCUGGACCUGCACAAUUGACAAACAAACAGUGAGUGCUAGAAGUGAAGACCUGCUACAAUCUUUUUCUCAAAGCUCCCUAAAUCUUUGAAAUAGGGAAAUAGUGUUUGAGUGCUCUCUGACUUGGUUGUUUUAAGUAACAAAGGAGCUACCUUUAGAUGAGGACUGAACUUGAAAGGAUAAAAAUCAAAUAUUACUCAUGUAACUGGUUUUGCUAAUCUUUCUCUGCCUUCUGAAAACUGAAGCAGUAUAUUUAAACAGUCCAAUCUUUAACAAGCAAAUAAGCUAAAUGAGUUUUCUUUUAACAAUGCUUCUGCUUUCUAAUAUUCAUGGUUCUAAAGGUGAAAAGCAAGAAAAAGUCCCCGAGAAUGUUACUUAUAGCUAAUCUGAAGCUGUUAAAGACUUUAAAAAACAGAAUUUCAUCCUUGUACUAACAAAGAGGGAGGGUAUUUUCUGCACAAAGUUUGACUUCACAGUGAAGGGAUAGGGAGGUGUUGAUCCACAGAAACUCAGUACACAAAUCAAAAUCACUAAAAUAUUUCUCCUGAAGUCUUAAGCACAAGAUUGUCUUUAAAAUUUCAGGGUAGUUUGUGUCCACAAAACCCUGUAUCUUGAAUAUAUUUCAAUGUUCAUAUCACCUGCAGGAGGAACAAAACACCUGUGCAUUGUAAAUCAGGAUAGAACUAUGUGAUGCUCAAAUUCCAGCCAUUAUGAGUUGUACUGUGGUGCCGUAUAAAUACUGUAGAGAACCAGAGUUCUAGGAUGUCUGCAGUCUUUUCUUGUAUAGCUCACUAAUGGUGUUUUCACAGACUCUCAGGACAGAUAUUUUAGUUGCUAAUUGCCAAACCUGUGGUAGCUCUUCCUGGAGUGGACACACAGCCCACACAAGGUACGGUCAGAUAUUGCUUGUGAACUGAUAUGAUGCUGGAACAAGUUCUAAUGUGGAUAGUGCUAGAAAACUACUUCUGGAAGCUUGAAUGAGUAAAGUUUAUCAGCAGAGCAAUAACAAUGCAAAAGCUCACAUUCUCAAGCAUCUGUUGGAAAUGUGCUAAUUACAGGAGCAAUACAACUUGCUUUCUAAGACUAGCCUUUUUCUUCUGCCUGAAGUUUCUUGCUGUGUGGAGCAGUGAGGUACUUGAUCUGUGUCUUCUGACUUUACUGUAGAACAGCUAUACAGGACUUGGCAGUUUUAAGCUACAAGUAGUAAACUUUUUGUUUAAAUAAUUGCUACUGCUGUUGGAGCUAUGCUGCAGGUUUUAAUGGUUUGAAUGGCCAAUGGUAUAUGUUAGCAUAGAUGAAAUCCAGGAGUGAGCUUGCUGACUGUUCUCUAAGCUGCCAUUUCAGAUGGAUGGUAGGUAGCUACUGGAAUUAAGUGAAAUAUGUAACUUUCUAUAAUUGGUUUUCCAGAAGGAAAAGAAUAAGAAUCCUAACUGGACCCAAAUGUUGGGUAUAUAAAAAGCCCACAAAUAAAUUAUUUAUCAGUGUCAGAAUGACUGAAGAAUUCAACAGCUAUACUUUAGAAAGAACAAAUCCAGCUCCUGUUCUUGCCUAAACAGAUUGAUUACAGUACUGAGGAUGUGUGUUUUUUAAAAGAAAAAAAAAACCACAAGACAACCCUAGAUCUCUAUAUAACCUGUUGGCUUAUAGAGAAAUACAUGCACAUAUAGAGAAAGUAGUAUUCCAUACUGAAGGAAAGCUGCUGCUUCAGAUCUCUGACGUGUUUGUGAGCCAUUUAAAUCAACAAGCUGCACAGCAAAACUGCACUACUAGAAAAAGCCACCCUGUUCACUGUAGGGAAAGAGGGUCUUCAUAUGCAGUAUGCAACCAAAAUGUAUUAUUAAGACUACAAUUUUUUCCAGCAUAACUAUGAGUUGGGAUUUAUUGUUUUCACUCAUACAAGCAAAGGUAAAGUAAGUUUUAAGUGGCUUAAACUUCUAUAGGGUAAUGACCUAGCUAACAUCUGAAACACUGCUUAAAUGUAGUUUGCCAUUAUCUAAAAGUCACUUUGACCAUUGAAAUACUUUGUUUUACAGCUGGUUUGAGUUUUGUUUGGAUUGUUUCUUAAUCUUAAAAGGGCCUCUUGAUGUUUGUAGUAUGCAUUUUCUUUUGCUGCAGUGAAAAGAAGUUGCUUUUUGAAUAAAAAGGAAAGCAUGAAGGCACUCCUUUCAAAAAAAAAAAUGGAGACGCUAGAAAACUUAUUAUUUUCUGGUUCUAAACACUGACUUAAGAUUUGUACACCUUUAUCUGGAACCUUUUUUAACAAUAGUCUUGGUGCUCCAAUGCAGGGCUGUCAGGUUUUACUUCUACAAAUAAAACUGUAUCAGCCUGAAUGGUCACUCCUCAUUAAGAGUUUGACAUUGUUGCACAGCAUAUUUAAUGCUAAAAUUGUUUUUACCUGUUUGUUUGGUUUGCAUCAGUUUCCCUUUGAUAUUACUAAUUUUUAUACAAAGUAUUCAAUAUUUAUUCUUAAACUUUGCUCUGUACCACAAAGACAAUUGUUUUGUAAAAUUUGUUUUGAAUAAACAGACUUAUUUCUUUUAAAAAAAAAAAAAAACAACAAAACAACACAACAAAGGUAAAUAUCUCUUGUUGCUUUCUUUGUAACUGACAGGCUCAGCUCUGAUGCUUUUAAAUGCUAUUGAGUCCCCUCUUAGGAGAGGACUUCAGACUGCUUCUGCUGCUUCCUUUCUGUUCGACCUUGAACCAAGCCUUUUGUGGAACAAAAGGCAAAAUUGGUGUUCCCAAGAAAGGAGACAGCUCAAAAAUUUGCUUACCAAGCUUCUAGGUCUAAAGCUGUGUAAAACUGCCAGAUAUUAGAAGCUUAACCUGUUGUUAAUAUUAACUCCAAAUUUGUAUGUUCUCUUUAGGCAAUCAUUCAUCAAGAGAUGUGUAUCUAUCUAAGUAAGUUCUAUUUCAGAUCACACUUUGUACCUUUUGAAAACUAGCUGAUGGUUUGGA